CGUUGUGUUUUGGGGGUGGGUUGGUGGGGGCGUUGUCUUUCUUAUCUCCGUGGACGACUGCAUGGUGAUAAAACGGAGUGUACAGUCGAACCAGAAAGUUGCUGUCUUGAAAUAGUGUGAGCGUUAGAGGUGGCGAGAAGACGGGGUUUUUUUUUGAUGGUAGGUCUGUAAUGUCCUCUGUGGUCUCUUAGACACGUAGCCUGUUACUUAAAGUCUUUGUCAAGUUUUUUUUUUUAUAUAUAAGUUAGGUAUGGUCUCACAUAUACAUAUUUAUUUGUAGGUGUGUAUAACAUGUAAUAUAGUAUUUCUAUAUCAGUAGUGGCCUCACAAAAAUUCUUAAAUGUAGUCUCAUAUUUUUAAAAAUAUAUAAAGUUCGUAAACGAAAAGAAUAAAUAAAAUGUGGUCUCAUAUUUACAAGCCAAGUGUAGUCUCAUAUUUACAAGCCAAGUGUAGUCUCAUAUUUACAAGCCAAGUGUGGUCUCAUAUUUACAAGCCAAGUGUGGUCUCAUAUUUACAAGCCAAGUGUGGUCUCAUAUUUACAAGCUAAGUGUAUUCUCAUUUUUACAAUCCAAGUGUAGUCUCAUAUUUACAAGCCAAGUGUGGUCUCAUAUUAACAGGCAAAGUCUGGUAUCAUCACUUGCACAAGAAGGGAGGUGUAGAGGGGGGUUGAUCCGCUCCUGGUGACAUAUUUUUCUAUAUAUAAUAUUGAGGAACAGCAUUUUCAGCAAACUGCAGAGUAUUUGAUAUUUGUUUUGUUUUUUCCUGUGUGGGGGCGACAAUAAUCUUGACCCGUCCGGGCAAGCACUAACCCCAGUUACGCCAGUGGGGCUCACCUUUAUAUAUUACGAAUAUUUAUAUUUGAAGCGGGUCUAGUAUUUAACUGCGUAAAUUUAUUUCCUAAACAUUGCGGUAUCUGUUUAAAUUUAAAAUUAAUAAAUACAAUUUAAAACAAAUUAUUAUUUAUUUUUUUUUUUAAAUAGGGUCUCAUAAAAAUGUAAAAAAGUUGUGUCACAACCAACAAAUGCUUAAAUAAUGAUUGUGCUCCUUCAAUAUUUGAGGGACUAGCAUUUAUACCCCCCCCCCCCAAUUUUUUCGUGACCUUUAACCCGGUUUUUUUUUAAAUAGGGUCUCAUAAAAAUGUAAAAAAGUUGUGUCACAACCAACAAAUGCUUUAAUAAUGAUUGUGCUCCUUCAAUAUUUGAAGGACUAGCAUUUAUACCCCCCCCCCCCAAUAUUUUCGUGAACAUUAACACGGUAACAGGUUUGUAUGUCUUUAUAUAUUUAUUAUGUAUUUUGCUAUUUGCUAGAAUACAUUUAGCAAUUAUAUCAUCGCUUAAAUAGUUAUAAAUUUCGCAGAAAACAGAGCCGUUCGAAAGAAAAUAUGGGUCUAUAGAACAAAACCUGAAUAUGUUCCCCUCCUUUCUACACACGUUUCAUUAAUGAUACUUCGUCCGCCGAAAGUCAAUAAUGAUCAUUUCAAAAAUCGGCUUUUUACUACGGGUGAAUAAGUGUGUGGUUGCGCAGAUGACCGGAUCAGGCCGAUUCUAGCACGAAAUUUUCUGGUGCACAGAAGGUUUGAGGGGGGUGAUGAGACAACUCUGGGUACAUGUUAGUCUCAUGGUGUGCUGAUCCCGUGCCACGAGUCUCGAGACAUUCAUAUCACGUGGAACAUAUAUAAUGUACAUAUAUGUGUAUAUUGACGAUUUUGGCGCCCCCUUGAUGUCAGCAUCGGUUUUGGCUUCUUCUCUUCUCCCCCCCCCCUUUUUUUUUUUUCCAUUCGCACUGCAUUUGGCAAAACUUAAAACAAUAACUGAGUUUAUUUAUUUAUAUUAUUGCUUUUUUCAUCUCUUAGCAUUCAUCACCACAAGCAGAAACAUAAAGAAUAGCAGAACAAAGGUCAAGUAUUUGGAACAUAGAGAAUAGUACAACAAUCGUCAAGUGGAGAAAUUGAGAAAUAGUAAGACAGCAAAAGGAAGCGAUGGCCAGCAGCGGUCAGUUGUCCACACGGGCAACGGUGGCCUUGGUUUUGGUGAUUUCUAUUGUUGCUGUCUCGUCGGAAAGGUCACAACGACUGGUGUGAGUAGUCCGGUUGGUAUAGUGUUGCUGAGGUCGUGAAUGCGGUAAAUAUGUUGAUGUGAUCUGAUGAGCUAGAUGUAUCUGGGGAAAAUAUGCGGCACGGUGGAAAGUGAGCAUAUAUAUAUAUAUAUAUGUUUAAAGGGGUCCUCGAAUGUUUAAAUGGGGCCUCAGAUGUUUGAGGGGGUCCUCGGAUGUUUAAGGGGGGCCUCAGAUGUUUGAGGGGGGCCUCAGAUGUUUAAAGGGGUCCUCAGAUGUUUAAGGUUAAGGGGGGCCUCGGAUGUUUAAGGGGGCCUCGUAUAUUUAAGGGGCCCAAAGACGAUGUUAAAAAAACAACAAGCAUAAAUCUAUCGAUUACGAAUGCAGUGGAACACAAGCUGAAAAUUGCCAGAAGUUUUCCCCACAGAACCGUCAUUGGAGGGGGGGGGGCUCACAUUAUUUAAACAGUUAUGGUGUGGAAAAAAUAUUAAAGUUUUAAAAUCUGAAUGCAAAAAAAAAGGGGGGGGGGGGGACAAAAACAGGGGGCCCAAAAAGGAAGGCGACAGCUCUGGGUCCUCAAAAAGUCCCGCGAUGACGAUGGCUCUGUAUGGGGAGUAAUCAGGGAUGAUGGGUGAGAGUGAAGAAAGUACGAGUGAUACUACAUUGUACGUUUAAAAAAAAAAAAGGGGGGGGGGCUGUGCUACGGCUAAGAUUGAAUACUGCUUACAGCAUUGAGAAGGUUCUCGGAGAAAACAAAAAGCAAACAUAGUACAUUGAACUCUUCACUUCACUGACUUAUUACUUGUUGACUUGUGAACCAGGGGUGCACACGUCUGUGGCUCAAGACGAGACAGGUGCUGCCGGGGAUGGAGAGCUUCCGAGUCUAGAAGAUGUAUCAUACGUGAGUAGGCACGCACGCACAUACACACACACUUACACACACGCGCGCGCGCACACGAACACGCACACACACAAAUUAAAUAGCAGCAGGUCGAAAUACCAGUAUAAAAUAAUAAGGCACCCAUAUCAUUUCACGAUAUCCGCUGGAAAAGUUAAACUAUUAAAAAAAAAAUAAUAAGCUUUCAUGUUAUUCAAGAGACCCGUCACUGCACCACACUACCCUAUAAAGUAUCAAUGUGUAAACUAGCCAUUGGUGCUUCCAGCUGUAACAAGUGCCUUGGGAAGAAAAAAAAAAGUUUUUUCACUACAAAGUUGCCAGUCUGGUGGUCAAAUAAUAUCAAAUCCUUUGAAAAUGUAUCCUUCCAAGUUUUCCGAGGUAUCCCUUGCUCAUUCUCCCCCUCUCAGCCACUUUUUUUUUCAUGCAGUGUGAAGUUUUUCUUUCUGGCAACUAUCGGCGGGGGUGGGGAAUGCAGCCCCUACCCCUGGAAUACUGGAAUAUAUUAUACAUAUAUAUAUAUGUAUAUAUAUAUAUAUGUAUGUAUAUAUAUAUAUAUGUGUGUGUGUGUGUGUGUGUGAUUAAACCGCAAAUUUUUUUUUAAAAACAAUUUUAAAAAGAAUAUUAACUGGUGCCAUUAACCGAAUACAAUUACUGGAACCUAUGGAAUGUCACAGUGCUCAAUAUAUAUUUGAUGAUCAGCAUCUUUAAAACUAAUAUUGUUAGAGGCUAACACUAUUCGAUUAUAAAUAUCGUACUGUGUUGAAAACUCGCCGCGCCCGACUAUGAGCUGAAGUCUUACUUACUGUUUUCGCACACAUCGGUUUUUUUAUUUAAUUACUUUUUGCAACUUUACAAGUCUAAACUUUACUAACAUGGUAUUGAACUACCUUUAUAUCAAUACUAAGGUCUAUAAUAUGAAUAAAGUUCUGGCUAAGUAUCUAACGUGUGCAAUCCUUUUUAAACUGAUAUUUCACCAUAAAAGGGUGACCUUUAAAGUAUGGAUAAGAGUUAAAUAUACAUUUAAUUCCGGCCUCGAGCUUAAAAAAAAAGAAGUUAUAAUUGGCAUAAUUUUAAAGCACUCGACUCCAUCUAAGCUGAGCUAGCUGCUAGAAUAAAUGAAAACUUUUAAAAACCUGAUGUUUAAAAGAAAAAAAAAAAAGAAUUUAACGGGCGCAUACAAGUAAUGCACGUAUCAUCACUUACUAUAUCAUAAGAAAAAAAAAAUUUAACGGGCGCAUAAAAGUAAUGCACGUAUCAUAAAUUACUAUAUAAGAAGCGUUCGCCCCCCCCCCCCUUUUUUUUUGGAUUGACAUAAAUAUUGAAUCCAGGUAAACUCGAUAAUGCACGUCUAGCUUUUGAAAUGGUCAACAAUUUUCUUAGGAGGUGACCUUCGAACUUGUUUAGGGCACUUCUGCCAAUCAUUUAGCGAACUGGCCGAUAUCUGGCUUUGACAGUAACAAACACAUACUUGCGCGCACGCACACACACACACGCACCCACACAUACACACACGCGCACGCCCGCACGCACACAUACACACACACGCAUGCUCCCACACACACGCGCACGCACACACGCGCGCACGCACACACACGCACGCACACAUUCGCACGCUCUCUCUCACACACACAUACACACGCGCACGCUCACACACACACGCACGCACACACACACGCACGCUCUCUCACACACACAUACACACGCGCACUCACACACGCACGCACACACACGCACGCUCUCUUUCUCACACACAUANCACGCACACGCACGCACGCACACACACGCUCUCUCACCCACACAAACCUACACACGCCCACCACGCACACGCACGCACACACACACACGCUCUCUCACACACACAAACAUACACACGCGCACCACGCACACGCACGCACACACACACACGCUCUCUCACACACACAAACAUACACACGCGUACGCACCCACACGCACUUACGCACGCACACACACACGCACGCUCUCUCUCUCUCCCAGACAUACACACGCGCACGCACACACACACACACGCACACACACGCACGCACGCGCACACUCUCUCACACACGCACACUAUCUCACACACACACAGACGCACGCACACAUACACACGCGCUCUCUCACACACACACGCACGCUCUCUCACACACGCACGCACACACACGCACGCACACACACGCUCACAUUUAUUUAUUUAUUUUAUUAUGGAGGGGGGGGGGGCUAAUUUAAUGUUUGUUUCAUCCCGCCUCUUGUCAAAUUUCCCCAGCCGUGUGUGCGGAUAAUUGUUCGCCCGGCGGGACCUGCGUAAAGCCCAAUAUCUGCCGUUGUGGCGAUGGGUCUCUGUUGACAAGGUGCUCGCCCGAGCCUGACCCUGAUACACACCCCAGGCUAAAGAGGAUGGCUGACGGCACCCCUCACGUGAAAUACACCAAAAAGAACAGUUUCGAAGGUGAGUGCUAAUCUAAUGAAGAUUUAUGUCCCAUUUAGGACGGAAGUAGUCCAAUGGCUUAGCUAAGAUUAGUGACGCCUGGGUCAGUUCAAACUUUUGGUAACCCCCUUUCCGCGACAUAAUGGCAAAAAAAAGUGCCAUAUGGCGCUGACCCCCCCUACCCCCCGCCUAUGCACACCCCCUUCCUACGCCACCUCUGUAGUUACAUAUACACAAAUAAAUGGAAUCGUUCUUCUGACUCUCAUUAAGACCUCAUCGCAUGCACGGACGGGGCGAAAUUAACGGUUACCAUUAAUGAGGUAACGCUAUUACACGGACAUUAACUGUUACCAUUAACGAGGCAGCACUUUUAGCGCCACAUUGGCUGUUUCCAUUAAUGAAAUGACACUUUUAGCCUGAUAUUAAUUAUUUACCAUUAAUGAUGUAUACUUUUAGCUCGACAUUAACUUCCCUUUGGAUAGGUUGCUGAGGUAUAAACUUUCAUGGUCAUUGAAAAACACUCUUUCUAUAUUAGAAUUUCUGAAUUUAGAUAUUAAUAUUUAAAAUUUCCCAGAAGUGCGCCCCAUUUAAUACACAAAUGUUAUGUUCAUAACGUUAUAUAUAAACCCCAAAACUGCCGCCCGCGGCGAUCGCGCCCCACCCCUUUUUUUUCGCCCUGUCUUAGGCACGUUAUUGUUUUGGACUAAUACUAUCGCACUAUUUUUACUCCAUACACAUAUUGUUUCUGUAUAAUUUAUAUUUUUAUCUCCAAUUCCUCACACUAGGGCCGUGCUCGCCCACUACAUGUGACCACAUCUGUGAGAACCUGCCCGACAACAGCUACAAGUGCUCAUGCCGUCAAGGCUACCUCAUGCAUGCCAACAAACGAUAUUGUACACUGGCGACGUUUACGGGCUGGACAGGCGAUCAGCACACGGGAAUUUCCGCUCCCACGAACUCAGGCCAACAACAAAGAGAUGACGGGCGGGGAAGCGGCCGCGUCUUCGGGCCACCGAAUGCCGGCGGCGAGGCGCCACACAUUUGGGAUGUCGACUCAAAAGAUCAUCGGUUCAAGAAUGGGCCUUACGCGUUUUUUCCGUCCCCAAAGCCUGGGGUCACAUCGCCAGAGCAGAAGCUGAAGGAAAGCUAUGAGCCUAAGGACGGGAAAUAUACCAACGAUGGUCAAGUUGACCUAGAAGAUCAAAUGUGGAGAGCUAAACAACUGCCGAGCUCUAGAGCAGAGGGCAAAGGAGAUGAGAAAAGUCAAAACAAAGAGGCCGUCGUUAGACCAGAUCAAGCCAUUUGGGUAAAAGACUUGGAACGGGUUAAGGCGGAAGAGCUCACGGGGAAGCGGAAGCAAAAAGAUCCAGUCGCUGAAGACGUUUGGGAGACGAAAAAAAACCCUGAAAAAACAAAGAUGGAAGUUCCAGACAUUGCUGGAUCGCAAAACUCUGAUUCAUUGUAUGCUAAGCAGUGGAAGCACAAGACGGAGCACUAUUCGGGAGAGUCCAUGGCGAAACUUCGAGAGGACAGAAAGGGCGCCGAGGAUACCGAUGGGGCUGUUCAGCUAAAAGACGAGGAGAAAAAGUAUUUGGAAGGAAUAGAAUGGGCAAAGAAAGAGCUCGAAAAGAAAGAAAAUGAAAAGAAAGAAAAGGAAAAGAAGUACAAUGAAAAGAAAGAAAACAAAAAGAAAGAUAUCGAAAAGAAAAACGAGAAGGAAAACGGAAAGAAAGAAAACGAAAAGAAAGAAAACGAAAAGAAAGGAAACAAACAUAAAGAAAACAAAAAGAAAUACAUCGAAAAGAAACUAAGCGACGAGAGAGAAUACGGAAAGAAAAAGUACGAAAAGAGAGAACACGGGAAGAAAGUUAUCGGAAAAGGCGCUCACGAUGAUAAGGCCCGCAGGAGGUUGGUGUCGCUGGUGGAAAGUCCAAAGUUCCACAACUACAUGCCAAUAAGGGAAGAAAACGCUAAAAAAUCGCCCGAAUUUGAAUCAGACAAAGAGUAUCCAUCGUUUCCCGUAGCUCCAAAGGCAAAGUCUGCAGGCAAAAACAAAGCUAAAAAGGAGGGGAAGGCGUAUCCAGCCAUUCCCAACUUUCUUUGGGCCUUCUGAUGUUCCCCAUGAUGAAUCAAAGAUAUGACACUAUCUUGACCAAAAAAUGGGGAGAGUUGUUUAGGAGAGGUGAGUUAAAAGGGGGGAAAAAAUGGCCAAAACUCAAAAGCUCAAGGAAUGGAAUCCGAAACUGAACUAUUUAAAAAAAAAAAAUGUGUAUCUGUGGAUUAAAAGAAAAACAAUGUCAAAGAUUGGUGGAUAAAUGGUUGAUCUCCUGUAACAUGACCGAAUUUUUUUUUCUUGAACAAAAUAUUUAAAUAAAACUGAAAAAAAAGAAGAAAAAAAAAGAACCACUAAAGUAUUUAAGUGGAUAUGAAGCUGUUAUCUUGCUCUCUCUGUUUUUCCCCUCUUUAUCUCCACGACCUCUCUCUCUGUUUCUCUCUCUCCCAUUCUUUCUUUCUCUCUCCCUUCCUCUCGCUCUCUCUUGUGUGUUAGUGAGUGCGCGUCAGCGUGGGUGUGUGUAAUUUGUAAAAAUUCCUUAAACUGUGAACACG